AUGAUUAAAGAUAUUUGCUUAUCAUUUGUGAUCUUAAUUAUUUAUUGUUAUAAAGUAUCAAGUAAUGAAGAAUGUAAAAUAAUUAAUGAUAAUGAUAAAAUUGAUGAUUGUAAUUGCCGAAUAUCCGAUUUACAUGAACUGAAUAAUCAACGUCUUCGUCCAUUAUUACAACAAAUAGUUAAUAAAAAUUAUUUUCGAUUUUAUCCAGUUAAUCUACGUAAAAAAUGUCAAUUUUGGUUUGAUGAUGGUCAAUGUUCACGUCGAUCAUGUGCAAUACAACCAUGUCCAAUUGAACAAGUACCAGAACCUUUACGUAAUAAAAUCGCACAAUCGAAUGAAAAUUGUUUAGCAACUGAUACAAAUUCUACACUUGGAUUAGUUAAUAAAAAUUUAAGUACAGAACAUAAACAAACUAUUGAAAAUUGGAUUGAAUUUGAUGAUAAACAAUCGGAAAAUUUUUGUUAUGUUGAUGAUGAAACAUCAAUUGAUUUAGAAUAUAUUGAUUUAUUAAUUAAUCCUGAACGUUAUACUGGUUAUACAGGACCAUCUGCUCAAAGAGUUUGGUCAGCAAUCUAUAAUGAAAAUUGUUUUUUUCUUCCUGAUUCAAAAAUUUUCUAUAAUCUUCAACAAAAACGUUUAAAUAUACAUAAAAUGUGUGUUGAAGGACGAACAUUUUAUCGUCUUAUAUCAGGUCUUCAUACAAGUAUAUCAAUACAUUUAUGUGCACAAUAUUUUUUUCCAACAAUUGGUGGUGGUUAUUCAGGUGUAGAUGGACGAUGGGGACCUAAUCUAAAUGAAUUUAAACAUCGUUUUGAUCCAGAAACAACCGAUGGCGAAGGACCAAAAUGGUUAAAAAAUGUUUAUUUUAUUUAUUUAAUUGAAUUACGUGCUAUUUACAAAGCAAGAAAAUUCUUACAAGAUCAAACAUAUUUUACUGGAAAUGAAAUUGAUGAUUUACAUACGAAAGAAUUAAUAACAAAUAAUUUAUUAAAAGAAAUUAAACCAUUUGCAAAUUAUUUUGAUGAACAAAAUUUAUUUCAGAAUGGAAAUGAUUUAUUAAAAACUGAAUUUAAAGAACAUUUUAGAAAUAUAACUCGUAUCAUGGAUUGUGUUGGUUGUGAUAAAUGUAAACUAUGGGGAAAAUUACAAAUACAAGCAUUAGGUACAUCGUUAAAAAUUCUUUUUUCUGAAAGUCCAAUACAAUUACAACGAUCAGAAAUUGUGUCACUUAUUAAUGGAUUUAAUCGAUUAUCAACAAGUUUAUAUAAUCUUGAAUAUACAUUUAAAACAUGUAUAAAAACUGAUCUUUAG